AUGACAGACAGUUCGGGGCUCCUUGAGAAGAUAUGGUUGGGAAACAUCAACGAGAAGUUUGAGGUUGAUCAAGAUGGUUAUGAUGAAGAUACCGUCAAUGGUCUCGUGCGGACAACACGGCAGGAGAAGAGCACGAUUGUUGGAGAUGCGAUCACCGAGCAGGACACCGCGGUCACCGAUGAUGCAGAUUACAUCCCCAAAGCUGCUAACGCCAUCGACUUCUCGAAAGAGACGGAGGUGGCGGAAGAGGAAGAGGAUACGAGCAAGACAGAUGUUUACGUAGCAAAGGCGAAGUCGCUCGCCCUUUCUCAAGGGUCCGCGCAGCAAAGCACCAGGAAAGUUGAUGAUGACUACGAUGAAGAGGAGGAGGAAGGGGAAGGACAGGCGGAAGAGAAGGCUGCUGACAAGAAGGAUCAAGACAAUGAAGCCAAACAAGACGCGAAAUCUCUGGAAGAGCAGGAGCAAGCAGAUGAAGAGCAUCAGAAAUCCAAGGAGGACAAGGCAGCCGCACCGCAGGCUCCUAAGUCUCAGGCCGGAGUGAUACAAGCAGAGCUGAUACAUGCCACCGAAGCGAGCUUGAGGAAGAACGGCCUGCUCCUUCUCAGCCAGAUGUACAUUGGGCCCUCCAUCCCUGUGCGCAUGUCCAAGAACCGAAAAGUCACCCACUCGUCCAGCGUCAAGAUGGAAGUGAUGAGCGAUGAUGAAGAACGCUUCGUCGACGAGGCUGCAAGGAGAGCAGCCGCAGCUGCAAGCUUGAGGUUCCGAGAUUAUCACAUGGGCCUGAACGAGCCUGAGGAGGAGGAGGAAGACAAGGAUGAAGGGGACGUGGAAGAGGAAAAGAAGAUCACGGACCUCAACGAAUCUCAGCCUGAGCUGCCCCCUGCCUUGCCGCAAGACGAGGCGGUGAUGCCCGAGGAAACGGUGAAGGCUGAAGCCCAGCAGGUGCAGGAGGAGGCGGCAAAGGCGCCUGCAGCUGCAGCUUUCAGACCUCUUGCUCCGAUUGAGUCGCAAAUGUGGGAGGACAACAUUAUCUGGGGGUCGUCGGAGGAGGAGAGUGAGCGCGAAGAGGAAGAGGGAGAUGAGGGCGAAGAGGUUGACAGUGACGAUUUCGAGGACGUUGAUGGCGAUGAUGACGGGAUGAUGGUAGAAGCUCAGUACGGUAACGAUCACACCAACAACGUUGCCAAGAAGGCUCGAGGGGUCUCGGGGGCUCUUGGCGAAUCAAGGGUUAGGAAGAGCCAGUCGGAGGAGCCGACGAUUGAGCAGAGGCUAGUGGAAGCGAAGAAGUACUUUAUAGAGCGAGAUGAGUUGAACCCCACCAACACGGUCAGGAUAGGAGAGUACAAUCAAGCGCUGGAAGACGGGAGCUGGCUGCUCAACAUCAUCUGGCAGGACAAAGACAGGAAGGCAGCGAAGAUGGACUCGAAGUAUGUCGUGAAGGGUCGACGGCUGCCGAGAGCGAUGAAGGGGACUUCCUUCUCUGCCCAGCGGGUGAUCAUGGCGCCACACACCAAGCGCGAGCAUGUCCACACCUGCAUCCCGCCAUGGUGGACCAUCGCUCGAUGCGAGCUGAACUCCCUGUCGUUGGAGGACCUGUCGGUGAGGUUGAACAUCUCCCACGACCAGUACUAUCAGGGAGGCAGCGGAUCGAAGGCGAGGAUCAAGCUCGGGCGGCCGCAGGUGCUCAACGCUCCUUGCACCAAGUCGGCGAAGCAGAAGAACAUCAGCAACACGGUCAAAGACGCGCACCUUACAAACUUCCACCGGCAGAGACUGUUUGAGGGGGAGAAGAUCAAGGUUAUCACGUUCAGGCCGCUGCAGACGUCGGAGAAGUCCAAGGAAAAGAAGAUGCUCAAGGGAGCGGAGGAGAAGAUCCAGGCGCUCAAGAAGAUGCGGGACGUCACUUGCUCGGACUCCAAGGCGCUCCUUGUCGAGUACUACGAGCAGAUCCCCCCCGUCGUCUCCAACGUUGGAAUGGCUUCCAGGAUCCGGCACUACUACAGAAGCCGCAACGAUGCUCCUGCUCCCUCUAUCCCCUCCGAGCAUCUCAACGACGGCAAGCCGGUCGGUCUGGACGUGCAGCAAGAGUCUCCCUUCUACGGCGACAUACCGGAGGGAGCCAACUCGUUCGUUUCUGCCCUAGAGAACAACAUGCAGAGAGCCCCGAUCGCCAAGCACGAGCCGCAUCCGACUGACUUCCUGGUCGUCAAGAAUGGCGACAAGUUCUUUCUGAAGCCCAUCGACUCGCUCUACUGCGCUGGGCAGUGCCAUCCCUUCGUCAAGGUCCCUGCCCCCAACUCCAAGGAGCAGGCGGCAUACCAGAAACGGCACCUUAUCAACUUCAUCUACGGCCGGCUGAAGGGAGGAGGGAUCCUACACACGCAUGAGGUGUUCGAUGAGUUCAAGGCGACGUCGGAGACGGCGAUCAGGAAGCAGCUCAAGGACUGCGCGCAGUUCAACAGGGAGGGAGGGGAGGGAGGGCACUGGACGCUCAAGGAAGGGUUUGAGAUCCCCAAGGACGUGAUGGAGAUCUCCGACACGCCAGAGAACGUCUGUCUGUUCGAGAGCCUGCAGGCGGGGCAGAUGAGGCUGCGCAAUCUGGGGAUCAAGACUGUGCAGAAAGCGGACGAGAUCGCCUCGUCCGUGCAGGACAUCGUCAAGGACAAGAGCUUCGCUGAAUCCACCGCCGACAACGACGUCAAGUUGAUCCCCACAGCAGCUCAGUGCGUCCUCGAACUCGUCAGCCUGGCCCCCUGGAACGUGUCCAACUCCUUCGUCAACUCCUCGGAUCACCGCGUGCCGCUGAACCUCUCCCUGCUGGUGGGCAGCAGGAAGGCAAGAGAGCCGGCGGUCAGAGAUCAGAUGUUCAACCCUCGGCAUGACCCCAAGGACAAGAAGUUCCAGCUGGACUACACGAGGAGGAAGCAGAUCAUAUUCCAGGAGAUGCUCGAGACGAUCUCUCAGAACGAGCCCGAGUCGUCGAGCGAGGAGGAGAACGAGGACGACAAGAUCGACGAGUUUGCGCCUUCGAGCACAGUCGGGGUGAGGAAAUCGACGAUAGCCCGACGGUGGCGAUAUGAGCUUGAUUCUCACUCGGGGACUGGCAAGUGGAAGCAUACUUUGAUCAAGAAUGCCGACGAAGUCGCCAAGAUUGUGGCACGACACAACGCCCGGGCCGUGGACAUGAACGACGAUCAAAACGAUGAGCGAGCGAAGGCAGACGCGAGGAGGGAGAAGAAGAGGCUGCAAGAGCAGAAGAGAAGGUUGAAGAAGAAGAAAGAGAAGAUGGGCUUUUUCGAGAACGAUGCGCACGAGGAGGAGCAGAGGCCGAGAGAGAAGGCAGGGUUCAUCAAGAUCUCCAAGGGUUCGAUCCAGGACUACAACAACGCUAAGAAGAAGCAAGCAAGAGACCUUCCUGACCACCUGCAGGAUCGCUUCCCCAACCUCCCCCCUGUUGCGGAUCGACUGGCGGCAGAGGCGCAGAAGCUGGUCAACUCACACUCGGAGAGACUCAAGACUCUCGAAACAAUGGUGGGGGAGUGGAAGGGAUACUCCAAGGUCGGCACCCCUGGCACCUCCUACCCUGGCACUCCGGCCGUCGGCCGCUCUGCUCCAGCGUCGCCUGGUCCUGCAGAUGAUUCCAAGAGCAUGCCGGAGAAGGCAGAGGAGGCCGACUUUGAUCUCGAGGAAGAGCUAGACGCGCAGAUGGAGGAGGAGGAGGCGCCUGGAGGGGAUGAGGAGAUGGCGGUGGACGACAUGGACAGCGAACUUCACAGUGAUAUGAACAUGUUGGCAGAAGGCAUGUCAUGUCCAGUGGAAUCAGAGGGGAACGAGAUGAACAAAUCUCGCCAUGUUGAGGGAGCAAACUUCAAGAUAUCAUAA